CUCUCUCCCCACCCAACUCUGAAGGCCGACUGACCCCAUCUUUUGCUUUUGGGGAUGGAGAGCAGGAGUAGGGGAUGCAGUUCCCACUUGCCCCCAGGGAGACCAGAGCAUUGUACCUCUAGAGCUUGUAAACCUGCACCAGGACGGGGACCAACACCUCACCCCACCAGCGGGGUCUGGCCAGGACAUGGGCUCCGGGCAGCUCCGAACACCCCUGGAGACUCAGAGCCUGUGGACAGGAGCCACCAUCCCCACAACACUUGCUCAGGACUUGGGGAAGAGAGAGCUAGGAAGCCUACCAGGACCCCAAAAGCCCCUGCUGCAGAGCAGGGCAUGCUGGGAGAAGGCAAAAAACCAGAGAUAAUACCACAACUUCAGAAUGGGCCACUGGCCCCUUCCCUACUUCCUGUGAUCAAGCCAUUGGCCGACGUUUCUGUGGGGAUGCCUAUAAACCACCAGAAAUCAGACUCUGCAGAGAUGGACUCGGACUUGUCACUCAGCUGCAGGCUCAGUGACCUAAGCCGAGGGGGCAGCUUGGAGAGUCGAAGCAGCAGUUCUCGCUCCAGAAGUCUCACUUCGGACGAUGAGAGCCUGAAGUUUCUCACACAUGAGGAAAAAGAUGUCAUUCUCUUCUUUGAAGAGACUAUUGAUUCCCUGGAGGAUGACUUAGAGGAGCAAGUGCUGUGUGACAGCAGGGUACGCUGCCUUUCCCCACGCUCUCUGGAAGGGAGCGCUUCCAAUCACUCGGAGCCAGAGGAUGUCAUCGACCUCGUGCCGCCAGGACGUGCGGCCAGGGAGCCGGAGUGCCUUCCGGAUGUGACUGAGGCAGCAGGGGCCAAACCUGUGGGAGAGGAAGACACUCCUGUCCCUCAGUGCGGGACACAAGAUACGGAGGCUUGUCCCCCGCCAGAGGGCACCGUUCCGGUUCCCGAGGCUCUUCCUCGACCGCCCUCCCUGCCCGUCACAGCGGCGCCAGCCCAUCCCAGGAAAGAGCUGCUGUCUCCUCCUCCUGCCGAGCACCCAAAACUGCCGCGCUCGGUUCCAACCCCACUUGUUAUCGCCCAGAAGAUGUCUGAGAAGUUGGCAGGAAAUGAAGCGCUUUCGCCCACAUCGCCCUCGAAGGAGGGCAGGCCUGGGGAAUGGAGGACACUGACUUCCGUGGGCCCCGGGAACGGAGAGCACUCGCUGUGGCCCAGACACACGGCGCAGCCCGCGCCCAAGACGCACCGCUUCCCGAGCAACAUCAGCGUGACCAACAGCGCGGGGCGCGAAUUCAACAAAACCAUCUCCAAGGCGGCGGUGAACGUGCAGGAGCGCAAAGCCCGGGUCCUGGCCAACAUUAACGGCGUCUCUUUCUUCUCCAUGGGAGAGUCGGAGGACCGGGCCCCAAAGAGCGAUGUCCCUGAGCCUAGGAGAAGCGCCUCUCCGGAGCCGGGGGCGCGUGACCAGAGCAGGCCAGGCUCCGUCCAGGAAGCUGUGUCCGCGCGCGCAGGAGGGCAGCCCAGCACUCAGCAGUCCAGAGGGGUGCAGACAGAGCUGUCCCCACCGCUGGCCAACGGCUUCCAGAGCGUCCACGACGUCCUCAAGAGUGAGCGCAGUGCCUUUGUCUCGACUGGGAAAACUAUCACCAUCCGCCCUGACGCCGCUCACGCCAGUAAACUUGCGCGCCAGAACGCCAGCAAGAGCCUGUACGAGCACUGGCAGGCAGACUGCAGCCAACACGCCAGGAAGCGGUCGGGCUCGCUGCCCAGGGCCGUGGGGUUCCGACCCCAGGGCAUCACCGUGCAGUUUGCUGGCCGGGGCUCCACGGAGGAAGCCCGCCGGGAGGCCCUGCGGAAGCUCGGCCUGCUGAAGGAGACCUUGUGAUGGAGAAUCGCGGGGGCUGCGGAGGGGGACGGCCAGACCUGCCUGGCCUAAAAUGGCUGUGCGCAUGAAAAGAGCAGUUGUGACAGCUCCAACGGCUGUGCCCCGGUGAGGACUAGCGAUGACAGGCUCCAGGACUCAGCGGUCUGGGCUGGGUGCGUGCUGGCUGCCCCACUGCCAGCCCACCUCUGAGCUGGGGUGUCCUAUAAAUGAGGGCCCGGCCCCGUAUUUGUCUCCCUUUCUCCGAGAGCUCAGAGAAUUGCCUUGAAGACCUAUAGGUUCCUAUGAUUUGUAACUGCGAUCUACAGUUUGGAUUUAGGAGGAGGGGGCCUGAGUCUGGUUUGUUAUCCUUGAGUCUGUAAUGUAGCCUUUCAUCCCACGCACAUCGCAUGAAAGCCAGGUUAGGUCUCUUCCGCUCAUUUCUCUAAGAAAGGAAUUUCCCCUCCUUGUCUAAGAAAAUAAAAAAGCAGUGCGUGUUAAAUUUUUAUAGUGUCUUAAAAUACUCGUUUGGUUUUUUGUUUGUUUUGGAAGGAGAUGGUAUGUCAGCCCUAGAUAUGCCUUUGUAUCUUGUUGUAAUUUGGUUUGCCCAGUUCUUUUUCUUGAAAAUUGAAAUGAAUCCUUUAGAAUAUGAUUUACUAUAAUUUUGAGUUACGGGAGUAGAAUUUAAAAGUUCAGUUUGGAAAAGGUGGUAAUUUUUAAAAAGCAAGCCUCAUCAGACUACAGGGUCUGUGUUACUGGGAGAUAUGUGUAUGAGCGUGUGUUGUGUACAUACGUGUACAUAAUAGAAACAUGCUAACAUACACAUAUAUAGGUAUUGUGUGUGUACAUUCAUUAUUACAUAUAUAUAAACUUUUGAAAACCCUCUAUUCUUAACAGACAUAGCCAUCUCAGCUUUGGGACGGAUGACACAGAAAUUGUUACUUCCUAAAAUGGAAGUCUUUUAAGGACACAUUUCCACAAUAGUUCGGUGAACCCAAGAACUUCUUCCCUCUGAAAUUUGUGUUCUGUUCCCAAUUAAAGUAGUAUUCCAAGUAAGCAAGAUAGUUCCUUUUUUAGUGACGAACACUUUUAAAGAUUGAAUUUAUCACCUAAUUUUAACCUGAUUUUAAUGCAUCGCCUAAUUUUAACCUAAUUUUAAUUUAUGGCCUAAUUUUAGUUUCACGAGUUCCAAGGUAGCUCAUAAACAGGAGGGAAUGAAAGACCCUACAGACCCGCUGGGUUCCAGGAGGAAGCUCUCAGGAUUCAUUUAAAAGGGAAAAAACAGCGAACUAGGUGACACAGCAUGAAAAGAACUGGUUUUCUCCCAGACUACACGCUGAGCUGUAGCCACAAGCAUUAUUAUCAAAACUAUUUAAGGCUGGAGUCUUAAACCUCUAAAAAUAGACUGGAAAGGGCCACACUUAGAUGUCACACCCUUUUGUUAUUAUCCCGCAGCCACUGUCACAGAAUCUGCCCCUUUCCUGUUGAGUAUUAUUUAAAUUCAGACUUUUAAAUGUGCUGUGAAGGAUGUUUUUCAUAGUGUUCAAUUUGCCUUGUAAGUUAGUGAAAUGAUUGUAAUGUUUUCCUUAGCCCUAUAAUAGUUAGUGUCUUGUGCAGCCCUUGUCCUCCUGAAAUAAUCUCAUAGAUGCUUGGUAGUCUUCAUUUAAAUAGGUGCUUUGACUUAAUAGGUUUUAAAAGUGGUUUUUAUUUUACUCCUGUUUAUACUGAAUUUGGUUAAAGGGUUCCUGAGGGCUGUAUUACCUUUUCACAAAGCGAAAUGCCAUACAGUGUUUAAAAAUAGAGUCUUGAUAUGGCUGACAUUUUAAAUAUCCUUUAUGUAUGCGGAUUAUUUCUUUUUAUCUUGUCUAUGACUUCAUUGUGAUUAAGGUGAACUUGACUAUACAUAGUAUAUUCUCAUAAUGACAUUUUUGAAAAAUAAAUUGAAAUUUAUCUUAA